AAAACCUUAAGUACCGAGACCGAUGGGUUGGACCAGGUGGACAGCGAACCCAUGCCGAGACAUGCUCCUAGUGGCAGGAAAGAACCCGUUUCCAAGCUAACCAUGCAAGGACUGGCGCUUAUUGCGCAGACAAUCACAAAGCGCAAGAAUUCCACCAAAGUUGGCUCUGCUCUGCCGAUGUCGAAGACUGCGAAGCGUGGCUGGUCUCGUAGUUACGCCACGUCCUCUGUUAACGCCAUCACGCCUCAUUCCACGGACUCUGUUUUCGUAUGGCCCACACCUGACACUGCAUCAACAGCUGUUCCACUGCAAUCCCUCAACGAAGAUGAGCCACUAAGGCGAGAACCUCGUGAGAAGGAGCUGCUGUCCAUGCUUGAAACUGAAGUUUUCUUCGAUCAGUCGGUUCCCGUACACAGAGACGAAAGUGAUUCCAUCCCGUAUCGAAAACCCGUUGUCCGAGGUUCCCUGGAAGUAGCGAGCUCUGGUGGAUGGAAGCUAAAGCAAUAUCUAGACAGUAUUAGGCUCCCGGAACUAGAUGUCGUUGACCAUCGGCUACAAGAGCGUCAUUUCCCAAGUCUCCGUGGAGUUGGACUCCAACGGGUAUCGCGAGAAAGAAUUGAGAACAUGCGCAGUAAUGCCAAUCGACGUCAGUACGGCAUGGGUGUCAUCGGUCGAUUAUUAGGUCGACGAAUGAAGGCGUCAUCUACAAGGAGUGCUAAAGUUAAGGAGCAGCUGGACGACAUGGACGAUUACCGGCCUUAUUUCACCUACUGGAUCACUUUCACGCAAAUCCUCAUCAUGAUCAUUUCUUUGUUCAGUUAUGGAUUCGGCCCUUUCGGUUUCAGCAUUGUUGAGCAGCGAGCAUUGGUGACAGUUCCCAGUUUGGUGAAGCAAGCUGUAGAUUAUUGGGAGCCGGCAAAUUUUUGGCUUGGACCUCGAGCAAUCCUGGUCCUGAUAAUCGGAUCUCUGGAAGUGUUUGUGGAUUGGACCCUGCGCCAUCUAGCGGCUUGCAAAAACCAUCAAGGAGAAACUGAUUUCCGCGAUAGUUUUUCCACCUCUUUGGCUGUGGUGGCUCGUGAAUUGAAAGCCGCGGAUCACGUGACGUGCGAAAUCAUUGGCAGACCGUGUUGCAUCGGAAUCCACGGAGACUGUCGCAUCACAACUUUCGAAUAUUGUCAGUUUGUCAACGGAUAUUUUCACAAGAACGCCUUCUUGUGUUCUCAGGUGUCUUGUUUGGACAGCGUGUGUGGAAUGCUUCCUUUCUACAAUCCCGAGAAACCAGACCAGUUCUACAGAGUUUUCACGUCUUUGUUCCUCCACGCGGGUCUCAUACAUUUGGGCAUCACCGUUUUGGUACAGUGGUACGUGAUGCGGGAUUUGGAGAAGAUGGCGGGUCCUUUGAGGAUUGGCAUAAUUUACUUCACCGCUGGGAUCGGAGGCAAUUUGGCGUCUGCAAUUUUCAUCCCGUAUCGUGCUGAUGUGGGUCCUGCUGGAGCCCAGUUCGGACUCCUCGCCUGCCUCAUCGUGGAAGUCAUCAACGCGUGGCAGAUGCUGCGACACCCGCUCCAGGCCCUGGGCAAACUGGCUGGCAUCCUGCUCGUCCUCGUUGUCGUCGGGCUUUUGCCCUGGGUAGAUAAUUACGCGCACGUUUUCGGCUUCUUCUUUGGCUUCCUCAUGUCCUAUGCCUUGUUGCCGUUUGUGACUUUUGGCGACUACGACCGCAAGCGGAAAAUCCUGCUCAUAUUUGUGUGUAUCGGCGUCGCCGUGGCCUCGUUUGUCACGCUCAUGAUCCUGUUUUACGUGUCUCCGGUGUACGACUGCGAGGUGUGCAAGUAUUUCAGUUGCGUGCCUUUCGUGCGGGACUUGUGCGCCGAUCAGAACAUCAAUUUCAACAAAAAACCCGAAUGGUCGGUGUGAUUAUCAUAAACGUAUCUAUUUUUUAUUUUAUUUUAUUUUUCAGACCGUCCGGCCAAAUUUAGAAUAAGCCGUAUUUUUCCGAAAAUAUACGUACAAUUGGGUCCCGGUUUUUCGUUUAUCAGAAAAUCCUCCUGAGAACACAUUUCUAUGCGAGAAAAAAUUGGCCGGCGUAAAGCAAUUUAUUUUGCGAAGUAAAGGUUUUUUAAACUUCCAAAUGCCAGGAAAAUUGAAAUAAGAAUUUGGGAAACAUUGGUAAAGAGAUAUACAUUAUUGACGUGAAAAUUACGAAUUUGAUGUAGAGGCUGACUUCCCGAAGUAAUGCUUUUCUAAGCUGAAAUCGAAGUGCCAAUAUUUUUCCUGCUGAAAUGAUUUCAAAGUAAGAUGAAUUAACGUAAAAAAUUACGGAUGGAAUGUCGAGACUGGUUUUUUUUUUCGAAGUAGAGCUUUUCUAAGCUGAAAUUUUUCCCAAAAGAAGAUAAAUGAACGUAAAAUAAUUAGAUUUGAAGUCUCCUGCUGAAAUGUUGUCGAACGAAGUGAAAUUUACAUGAAAAAUGAUGGAUUAUGGCCGACUCUGCCAUUCAGAGCUUUUCUAAGCUGAAAUUGAAGUACUGAACCAAUAUUUGCCCUCCUAAACUCAUGUUAAUAUUUUUGUUGCUUGAUACAGCAUUUUUAUCACAUGUAUUACGGUUGACCAGAAUAUAUGUAACGAUUGAGAAAGAGUCCGUCCAGAAUACUUUGGUUGGCUACCUUGUGUCAUAAUAAAAUCAUGAAAUAAUAAUAUCAUAAAAUAAUAUACAUUCUUCCACUAAAAAAUUAUUUUGUGAUGAAAUGCUUCCUUUUUAAAUGGCUCAUAAUUUAUCCAGCUAAAUUUCUUGGAAGUGAAGGUUUUUCACAACCCUCUAAGGCUUGCUGAUGUAAUCCAGAAGUCAUUACGUGACUGACCUGCCAACAGUUCUAAUUAAAGCAUUAAAAUGCUCAUUUUUUACAGAUCAUAAACGCGACUAUGAUUUGAUGGAGGAAAACCGGUUUUAAAAUGACCAACAGAAAACAUCUGCGUUUAUUUUAAAAUAUUUUGUUGGAAAUUGCAUUUGACAUGCUUGAAUUCCGCUGUCAAAGUAUUGCUCACUGUCGAAUGGAAAUUAUUUUUUUUCAUUUUUUUUAAAGCAUUUUUUGUCGAAAUUUGGUUAGGUCGUGAAAAAUUUGCGAACUUCAGUGGUAAGAAGAAGUUUUGAAUUCCAGGGCUUGCCCCCUUCCGUACUGUGUUCGUUUUUUAUACUAUCUUCUAUUUCUUUUGAAGGUUUUGGUUAUAAAGAAAAGAAAAAAAGGUAAGUGCAUUUGAACUAAUGAAAGAAUUUAGCAAUUUCGCAGCUGCAGCUGGUUUACUGUGGCAACAUUCCGCCGUAUGUGUGUAUUUUUUCAAUUUAUAAAGCGUUAUUUCACGCCACCUGUGCAUUUCUCGAUGUCCGAGUGAAAAAUUCUCAAAUUUUACUGAAAUGUAAAUUGUUUGCAUAUUAAAAAA